CAGUGAUGAAAUAUAAAGUUGGAAUACACAACAGAUUUUGAACAGUUACAUUUGACCGGUCAACAUGAUUGUGUUACUGCUAUUGUCAAUUUCCCUUAUCUUAAUUUACGUUUAUUUGAACGGCAAAUACAAUGAGAACUACUGGAAGGAACGCGGUGCAAAGUUUUACGAAGUGAACAAAGUUUUGGGACCGUUCUGGGAAUUUCUGAUUAGCGAUCGGCCGUUGUUUCAGAUAUUCCACGACAUUUACAAAAAACAUCCAAACGAACCAGCAAUAGGUAUCGGAACGUUUUUCACACCCUCCCUUUAUGUGACUGACGCUAAAAAUGUUCACGCGGUGAUGCAAACAGAUUUUGUGUCGUUCAGCGAGAGAGGGUUCGAGAUGAACGAAGGGGAUUUGUUGGCUGAUAACAUAUUGUUCAUGGGUGGUAAGCGAUGGAAACUGAUGCGGCAAAACAUGACGCCAUUAUUCACUGCCGCGAAACUAAAGAAUAUGUACUACAUCAUCGACAAAAGUGCGCUGGACUUUGUGGAGCAUUUGAAGAACAACCCUGAGAAAUGGAGAAGAAACACGUUUGAUACGCUAUCAACGUUCUGCUGCGCGGCGAUCGGUGGUGCCGUUUUUGGAAUCGGUUCAGAAUCAACCUACGAUUCCCCAUUCCUCGAAAUAACUAGAGCCGCCUUUCGUCCUACCUUGUGGAGCAAUAUAAGGUUUUCAUUAUCCAAUUUGUGCACUCCUCUGUUCAAAUUGUUGGGACUGAAACUUUUCUCGGAACACGAAGAAUUCUUCAUCGGUGCUAUCAAACAAGUGUUGAGAAAACGAGAACAAGAAAAAGUAAAGAGGCAUGAUUUUGCUGACAUAUGUAUACAAAUACAGAAGAACGGUGUAAUGAGAGAUGAGACGGGGUUCGAGUUGGUGCCAUCCGACGAACUUCUUGCAGCUCAAGCGUUCUUCUUUUUCACAGCCGGUGUUGAACCCACAGCUACGGCUAUAUUCGCUGUUCUCAUCCAACUUGGAAAACAUCCAGAAAUACUCAAACAAGUGGUACAAGAAAUUGAAGAUGUCUAUAACAAACAUAACGCACAAUUAUCCUACGACGCUAUCAGCGAAAUGGAAUAUCUGGAUAAGGUUUUAAAUGAAUCUUUAAGAAUAUUCCCACCGAUAGGUUUUUUGACUAGAAAAUGUGUUCGGGACACCGUGUUGCCUGUUGGGAAUAUUAAAGUUGCAAAGGGAACUAAAAUGUAUACAGCCGUGUACGAGCUUCACCACGACUCUCGGUAUCACGAAAACCCCGAGAUGUUUGACCCCGAAAGAAAUUUAACAGAUCAAAAAAGUGAAACUUAUCUGCCGUUUGGUAAAGGAGGCAGAAUAUGCAUUGGUGCUAGAUAUGCUAAAUUACAAGCAAAAGCUGCUUUAGCUCACGUGUUGCGUUCGUUUGAUAUAAAAACGGUUGAGCACAAAGGUGGAUUAAGAUUCGGUAAAGAUCAAGUGCAACUCAGAAUGAAAAAUGUGGACAUUGAAUUCAUACCUAGGAAUUAAAUUGACGGCCUUUGCGGCGCAGCGACAGUGCGCUUGUCUGUGACACCUGAGGUCCCAGGUUCGAAUCCCAAUCGGAGCAUGAUGUGAAACGAAAUUUGCUGAUUGGCCUGGGUUUUGGAUGUUUAUCUAGUAUAUAAGUAUUUACAAAUAGUAUAGUUGAGUUAGUAUCUCGCAACACAAUUAACUUAAACGAACUUACUUCGAGGCCAACACAAUCUGUAUAAUUUGUUACAAAAAAAAAUCUUGUAAAUAUUACUCGUGUUUGUAAUUUAAUUGUGAAAUUUUAGCUGUUAAUUGAAAACUCUAUUAUAUCAGUGUCGUAAAUGCAUGUGUGUAUUAACUUUAAUGAAGAUACGUCGUUCACGCACAUAGUAUAUUUUUUUAUAAAUAAAACCCUUUAAUACCUUUAAGUAACAUUAAUAAAUAUUCUUUAGUAAGUUGAAUAAAUACUCAAUCAUAAUC